AUGGCAACAAUACGUCUAUUGUGUCGCCAACUGAUCCGCAAACCCAUUGCCACCCAAUCGUCGGCCACAGUCUGGACGGCGGCCACACGUGUUGGCCGUCAAAGUCGGCCGCAACUCAUGGCUGCGAUCGGCGCCGGAGGACGAGCUGGUCGUCAGCCGACAGUGGGUUCGGGUGGAGGUUGUGGUGCCGGUGACGGGUCGGCGCGGCUCUGGUAUCGGCCAAUGAGUUAUGUAAGUAAUGCCAAACGUUUGUCCGGACGAUACCGACAAUCGGUACGUCUGGUGGCCAUCGGUGUAGCCAUGGGUCCGCAAGUGACAGAAGUCGGCGCGUCCAUAAUCGCCGGCUUCUUCACGGUGUUUACCGGCGAAGGUCUCGACACUCAUAAACUCAGACAAUUGUUUUGUGUCGGGCCCUACAGACCUGGGAAUGACAUUCACUCUAUACCAGUACCAGUCGUGUCCAUUCUGUUGCAAAGU